GUUUGCACAUCAUUGUUCAAGAUGUAACGCGAAAUUUGCCGGAUAUUUUUGUGGUCAAUGUAAGCACCUGACAGGCACUGAUGAUAAUCCUUACCAUUGUGAAAAGUGCGGUAUUUGCAGGUGAGAUAGAUGAUACAACUGUUGAUACAACUAUUGAAUACCCCGCAUGCUGAAUGACAACAUAUCACAAUUCCAUCAUUUUAAAAAAAUGAAGUACUGGUUCGCUUUGAUUUCUCUAACUGGCGUGUGUUCAAAAUUUUUAUUCUAGGAUUCACGGAGAUCGUUCAUUUCAUUGCGAUGUAUGUGGUGUGUGUUUGGACAUCCAACUUCGUGGAAAUCACAAAUGUCGCGCUGGCUCUGCACAUGAUGAAUGUUGCAUUUGUUUAGAGGUAGUGUAAUCGGUUUGAGCUCAAACAUGAUUUCCACUGCCAAGUUAUGUAAGUUCAAGUUUGGGCACAAUGACAAACGCUAGAGUUGAAAUUCGUUUGUAAAAUUUUCAUUUUUCUUCGCCGCUUCGUAUUCACUUUCUAAAUCGAUAUCAGUAAUUUUACAGUAUUGACCUAAUUUAUAAUGUCAAACCGAACUCAUGAUUAAUCAUUUUCAAGUCAGUGAGUUUGACAUUGUCCAUGAUUAUUAUUAAAAUUAUUGGUUUGACAACGACCCUGAAAUAGACUCGAAAUAUCACCACCAUAUUUGUGUCUUGUUUUCUUUAAUGGACUCAUAUAAUAUAUCGAGUUUACAAGAUGGCAUUAUCAUUCUGAGUUUUUUCUUAUUAUAUAUUUCUUAAAAUUGUCUGCUGGUUUAUGAUCUAUUUGAUCUAACUAUAAGGCGUACAGGACAUUUCCUCGAAAUGUCGGGAAGUGAUUUAUUUCUUUCGACCAUCAUAAAAUCGAAACGCGGAGCUUCAUAUUCUAUGUCACGGUCAAUGCUGCACGUCCAAAGUUAUACUAAAGUUUUAGACUAACUCUUACACUUGUAUUUCUAUUCUAGGAUGCAUUCACAGGAUGUCAAAUCUUACCUUGUUCUCACAAGGUGCACAAGGAGUGCGUAACGCAAAUGAUUAGAAGUGGCAUGUGAGUAUUAUGGAUGGAUUUUUAACAUUGUUUGAAUGUGGUUGAGAAUGAUAUGAAGAAUUGUCAAGCCCGAAUUAAGUUUGUGUUAUCAACCAAAGCCGAAGGCUGAGGUUGAUAACACCAACUGAGCGGUUGACAAAUAACUCUUCAUAUCUUGCGAAACCGAAUUCGGUGAUUGUUUUAUACUUUUAUUAUUUAUUUAAAAGAUGAAAAAGACAUGCAUCCGCUCCUUUGAGUUCAAUUCGUCAAAUCAAUGACCAGUUCGUUUGAAUUCCCAUUUGCAGAAAUUAUUUCCAUUUUAUGUCUUUGCCUUCCUGCUUUUCACGAGGUGUUGCGUUUAACGAGCUCAGUUUACUGGCAAAACAAAACACCCGACUUGGGAUAAUUUGGCUGUGAAAUUGAUUCACAGCCGCUUUAUUUAAAAUCUCGUCAUUUAAUUAGAAAUAUCAUAAAAUCAUUAAAAUUGAUAAUUUCAGUUAAUAACUUGAGUCUGUUAAUGUUCAUUGCCAGUAAAGGUGGCAGGACUACACGCCAAUUAGGCAAAAAAGGUAUAAUAAUGAUAUGUACAAGAAAAGACAACAAACUAAAAUACAAAGCGGCAGGCCAGCGGGAGGAGGUGGGAAGAAAAUUCGUAUGUCUUCACUCGAUCACGAGAAAGGUUGAAUUGAGAAGUGAAUAACUUUGCUUUGCUUUUAGUAGCUAAAAUUUGGCCUUGACUUAAUGUUUCUUACGUAGGUAAAAGCACCGGAAUUUCCUUCUCCGCCAAGUCCCACCUUAAUCUGCCACAAUCCAAUCUAACUAUUUCCUACUUUUAUCUUAUCACUAUAAUUCAGGCUUGACAUAAAAAACCAUAUUUCCGUAGGAAAUAUUUUUAUUUUCUUUUAUAAGAAUGUUAAGAUGUUUCAAACAUUUUGUGGCUGUUUUUGUUGAAAUUUCUUCUAUAUAAAUCUUCACGGUUUCCACAUUUCGUAUUCGUUUUUCCACAGCAUGACAUCAUAACUUUGAAUAUGAUUUUGUCAUAUUCAAGGUUAUGACGCCACUCUAUUGCCGUCGAUAGAUAUGAUGAUUCCACAGCCAAUCAGAAGCCAUAUGUCUUUUAAAUUUAUCAUAAUUAUCAUUAUCGGAGUUUAUUGCGUGCAUAUAAAACAUGACAUGAAUAUAUAUUCAUGCAAGUGUUUCAAUUCGUGAAGCAUUAUUUAUCUUAACAUUGUAGAACACGUUGUCCAAUAUGUCGGGAAAGUUUUGCACAUAAAUUAGAAAGAAGACCUCAUCCUUCAAAGAAACCGCCUGGAAAGCAGUAACUAUAUCAGGUCAUUAUUAUCUACGAAUAUUCACAUGAAUUGAAUACGAUUAAUUAGAUUAAUUACGAUUAAUUAGCAUUUCCAUAGCGGAAAUUUACAUGCAUA